AUGCCGUGUGAUAUUAUGGUUUAUACUAUUGCAGGUACUUAUGGAACAGUAUUCAAGGCUCGUAAUAAAGAUUGUGGAGAAGUCGUUGCCUUGAAGAUAGUGCGACUGGACGAUGAUGAUGAGGGUGUUCCCAGUUCAGCACUUCGUGAAAUUUGCAUCUUAAGGGAGUUGAAGCACAGGAAUGUUGUUCGUUUGUACGAUGUAAUAUAUUCGGAAAGCAAGCUAACGCUAGUAUUUGAGUAUUGUGACCAGGAUCUGAAGAAGUUCUUCGAUUCUCUGAAUGGUCAUGUGGAUCAACAGAUGGCAAAGUCCCUAAUGCUGCAGCUGUUACGAGGGUUGGCGUUCUGCCAUGCACAUCAUGUGCUCCAUCGGGAUCUUAAGCCGCAGAAUCUGCUCAUAAACUCUAAUGGCCAGUUGAAGUUGGCUGAUUUCGGACUGGCUCGUGCAUUUGGUGUACCGGUUAGGUGUUACAGCGCAGAGGUGGUAACGUUGUGGUAUCGACCACCUGAUGUAUUGUUUGGUGCGAAGUUGUACAACACUUCGAUCGACAUGUGGUCAGCUGGAUGUAUAUUUGCAGAGAUAUCAAAUGCUGGUCGACCACUAUUUCCUGGUGCAGAUGUAGAUGACCAAUUGAAAAGAAUAUUCAAACAGUUAGGAACACCUACCGAUGAUUCGUGGCCUGGACUUUCACAGCUGCCGGAUUACAAACCAAUGCCUGUGUAUCAUCCUUCUAUGACGUGGGGUCAAGUUGUACCCAAUAUGUCCGCUAGUGGUCGUGAUCUUCUUCAGAAGCUGCUGGUUUGCAAUCCGAAUGGCCGUCUUGACGCCGAAACUGCACUUCAACACGCUUAUUUCUCUGACGUUUGCUAG